AUGUUUCGCUCUCUUCGCAGCUUUCAGCAGUUUAACUGCUACCUCCUGACUUCCCAGCGGCACAACGUAAGGAAUAAGCUGCUCUUCUCCACCUCCACUAUGGCCAGCUCCGAGUUCAGGAUCGAGAGAGACACAUUUGGAGAGCUCAAGGUCCCCGCUGACAAGUACUACGGGGCACAGACUGUCAGAUCUACCAUGAACUUUAAGAUUGGGGGACCAACAGAGAGAAUGCCUAUACAAGUCAUCAGAGCGUUUGGUAUCCUCAAGAAGGCAGCUGCAGAGGUGAACAAAGACUAUGGUCUCGACCCAAAGAUAGCAAGUGCAAUCGUCCAAGCUGCAGAAGAGGUUUCAGCUGGUAACCUGGAUGAGCAUUUCCCUCUUGUGGUAUGGCAGACAGGCUCAGGAACCCAGACAAAUAUGAACGUCAAUGAGGUGAUCAGCAACAGAGCUAUUGAGAUUAUGGGAGGCACACUGGGCUCCAAAGAUCCAGUCCACCCCAACGACCAUGUCAACAAGAGCCAGAGCUCCAAUGACACCUUCCCCACCGCCAUGCACAUUGCAGCUGCCACUGAGAUCCACCAUGUUCUGCUGCCUGGCCUUCAGAACCUGCAUGACGCAUUGGCUGCCAAAGCUGAAGAGUUCAAAGACAUCAUCAAGAUUGGACGCACACACACUCAAGACGCUGUCCCCUUGUCACUGGGUCAGGAGUUUGGAGCGUAUGUGCAUCAGGUCAAAUACAGCAUCGAGAGAGUGAAAGCUGCCAUGCCUAGAGUCUACGAGCUGGCAGCUGGAGGAACCGCUGUAGGAACUGGACUGAACACCCGCAUAGGUUUUGCUGAGAAAGUAGCCUCCACUGUGGCUUCUCUUACUGGCCUUCCAUUCAUCACUGCUCCUAACAAGUUUGAGGCUCUGGCUGCUCAUGACGCUCUUGUAGAGUUGAGUGGAGCUUUGAACACAGUGGCAGUCAGCAUGAUGAAGAUCGCCAACGACAUCCGCUUCCUUGGUUCUGGUCCACGGUCUGGUUUGGGUGAGCUCAUUUUACCAGAGAAUGAACCAGGCAGCAGUAUCAUGCCUGGAAAAGUUAACCCAACCCAGUGUGAAGCUAUGACCAUGGUGGCAGCUCAGGUUAUAGGCAAUCAUGUGGCAGUCACUGUAGGAGGCAGCAAUGGACAUUUUGAACUCAAUGUCUUCAAACCCAUGAUAAUCAAGAACGUCCUGAACUCAGCAAGGCUAUUGGGCGAUGCCUCUGUCUCGUUCACCAACAACUGUGUGGUGGGCAUUGAAGCCAACACUGAGAGAAUCAACAAGCUAAUGAAUGAGUCCCUGAUGUUGGUCACAGCCCUAAACCCUCACAUUGGAUACGAUAAAGCAGCCCUUAUUGCCAAGACUGCGCACAAGAAAGGGUCCACGUUGAAGGCUGUAGCUGUGGAGUUGGGAUAUCUGACCGCAGAGCAGUUUGACCAGUGGGUGAUUCCGAGUGACAUGCUGGGACCCAAAUGA